UACAAACCCAACACACUCGUGCCGUCUCUGUAUAAACAAACAACUGUCACCGCCGGUCCUUGUGUUCCUUGUUUUUUUAUUUUUACGUUCUAUCGCGAAGUGCACGUAUAACGCCGUCAUCGCGUUGUCGACACGUUUGCACGGCAAAUUAUUCCGCCGAGCGUUUCGCGUGACCCACCGCAGUACGCAACGUCACGACAGUCUUCUCGUCGCGCGCACACACCAGCCGUUUGCGUCUUCGAGCCGUCCGAAAUCUUCGAACGCGAGGAAUCGUUGUCAGCAACAACGGUUUUUUACCUCGUUUUUGCCGCCGCAUAGUGAUCGUCGACGAGAAAUACCGCGUCCAUUCCAAUUCCACAAUGUCCGAAGUGGCCGCCGAAAACAACGUAGCCGUUCAGGAAGGUGAAAAACGUGGGCGUAAGCGCAAUGUUGGAGGAAAACGUUCUAAUGUUCUAGACGUAGUCGCUGCUGAAGCUGAGUUGAUAACUAAGGGAUUGGUCAGUGCUGACGAAGUUGAUGGCAGGAGAACAACUAGAUCAUCUACAAGAGGUUCAACUGCAGCUUCAAAGUUAAAAAAUGAGCCUCCACCAAAAAAAGAGAAGAAAUCACCAGCCGUAAAAGGAAAGCGAGGAAGACCGAAGGUAGUUGCAAAAGAAGAAGGCGAUGAAGUUGUAUCGGCUGAAGAGAAUGGUAUUGCUGAAAAUGAUGUCGACUCUAAAGCUGAUAAGGGUGGUAGUUCAACUGAGGAAGAAGUUGAUUCCAAAACCGAAGAAAAAGUUGAAAAUGGAAAUUCUUCAGCUGAAGAAGAGAAGAAAGAUGAGAGCAAGGAAUCAGACACUGAAUCUGAAAAGCCUGCAGUAACGGAGGAAAAGAAAGAAUCCUCUAGCCCGUAAGAUAUAAAUCAAAAUGCUAAUAUUUUAGUGUUUUAUUAAGUUUAGUGUUAAGCAACAUAUUUAAUACUUAAAUCUAUUCUGAUAGUUAUCAUCAUGAUUUUGGUACCAGUUUAAUUUAUUAUAAACGCAAUUUUUUUUUUAUUUAGCUAGCUCAUCAUGGUUCUGAGCUAGGCAUAUAGACUUAAUUCUGGACUAAUGUGUAUCCUAUUGAUUUUAUAUAAUUAACAAAUUCAGCCUUUCAUGUAAACAUUGUUUAUGUUACCAUUGUGUAUAUUGUCGAUUAUGAUAAACCUCCGUUAGUUAUGAUUUGGAUUAUGCUAAUCCAAUUUAUUUCAAUAAUUUGUAAUUCACUGUAAUACUUGUCUUUCUGUGCAUGGAAUUAAAUUAAAUAAUGAAAAUUUAUUUUAAAUAAAAUGUUGUCUUUCAAUAGUUUUUAAUACAAUGGAAGCUGUAAUUCAUUAUUAUGAAAGUAAAUUGAAGUUUAAUUAUGUCAAUGACAUGGAUAUUUUUUCAUUUUUAGAUAUUUUGAAUGACUUAAUUCAAUGUAACCUAUACAUUUUUGUGUUGUAUUU